AUGGAUUUAUCAUACAACAAUCUCAAUGGCAAUGUGCCUUCUUGGCUAUGGGAGCUUCCCUGGCUUAGAGAAUUAAAUCUUUCAGGCAAUCAUCUGGAAGGCCAUCUUCCUGGCUACUUGUUUGCCAAAAGAGACGAAUCCUAUGGAGCAGGGUACAUUAUUGACCUUCAUUCCAACAAUUUACAGGACACUCUUCCCCUUCUUCCAUCAACAGUAGAAUAUCUAGAUCUUUCCCACAACUUCUUCAACGGUUCCAUUCCACCAUUUGUGGGCAUCAGUUUAAUAACAUUAAUUUUAUCUGCGAACAAUCUCAGCGGAGCUCUCUCAUCUUCCAUCUGCAGCCCAGACAUACAAUUCCUGGAUCUGUCGAGCAACAAGCUGUCAGGGAGCCUCCCUUCAAGUCUGACAAAUUGCUCCAUUCUGGGAGUUCUCAACAUUACAAACAACAAUUUUAGUGGAGAAAUUCCUCAAGACAUAGGAAAUAUCACCUCAUUGGAAGUCCUCCACAUGAAUGGCAACAAGCUCAGGGGAUCCCUUCCCUCCUCUCUCAGGUACUGCAAAAAAUUAAAAAUUCUAGAUUUGGGAAACAACAAGAUUGAAGGGCAUAUCCCUGAAUGGAUCAAAGACCUUCAACAGUUGCGUAUUGUUAAUUUAAGGUCUAAUAAGUUGAGAGGCCUAAUACCCCCAGAGAUACUGCAGCUGCAAAAUCUUCAGAUCCUGGAUCUUUCAAAAAAUAAUAUAACUGGCAAGAUUCCAGAGCAGCUGGGAGUCCAGCUGGGAGUCCUCAAGGCUUUGAUAUCACUGAAUAUUUCAAGGAAUAAUUUAACUGGAGAAAUGCAUGGUUCCCUAGGGGAAAUUCAAGAAUUGGAAUCACUAGACCUCUCCCAUAAUUUAUUAAUUGGGUCUAUCCCAGAUAGCCUGGGAAACCUCAACAUGCUGGGCUAUUUAGACCUGUCCUACAAUAACUUGUCUGGCAGGAUUCCGCAGGUUAGACAUUUGGACACAUUUAGUGUCCUAUCCUAUGUGGGCAAUGCCGACCUGUGUGGGGCUCCCUUAAAUAUCAGUUGUGGGACAAGUGCACCUCCAUUACAGCUACCAGACGAGGUGAACGCAGAAAGGGAGGACAAUACAUGGUGGGUUGUGGCAGUAGGGUUAUGCUAUGGAUUGGGAGUUGCUCUUGUUGUUGGGUUUCUCUCUUUUGAGAGAGAACGGAGGAGGAUUCCGCAGGUUAGACAUCUGGACACAUUUGGUGGCCUCUCCUAUGUGGGCAAUGCCGGCCUGUGUGGGGCUCCGCUAAAUAUCAGCUGUGGGACAAGUGUACCUCCAUUAGAGCUACCAGAGGAGGUGGAGGGUCAAGUGGAGGACAAUGCAUGGUGGGCUGUGGCAGUAGGGAUAUGCUAUGGACUUAGAGUAGGUCUGAUUGUUGGGGUUCUGUCUUUUGACAGGGAACGGAGGAAGUUGUAUUUUCAAUUCCUGGAUGAACUCAUCCGUAGGUUGUGUGAAAGGGUGUCAGCAAGAUAA